AUGCCCUUCUCCCCCCUCCGACCACUCUCCUUCCUCUUCUCCUUUUCCCUCCUCCUCUUCCUCCUCCUCCUCACAACAACGACAACCGCCUCCGCGCUCGUCCGCCGCGAGUACGACGCCUGCACCGGCCACUACAACACAGCCCAAUGCUGCGCCACCGACGUCCAGGGCGUCGCAGAUCUGGACUGCGCCAAUCCGGCCGCCGUGCCUGUGAGCGCGGAUGACUUCGUCGCUGUGUGUGCGGGUGUGGGACAGAGGGCGAGGUGUUGUGUUGCGCCUGUUGUGAGUACUUCUUUUUUUACCCCCUUUCUUGGUUCGCUUUGGGGUCUUGGGGAUUGUUGGGGAUGAUGAUGGGCAAGGGGAGAGAGAGUUUGUA